AUGUUGAGGUUGAGGAGCUUGAGCUUGAUGGUGGUGCAGAGGCACACGGCGGCCUCGAGCUCCAGGAGUCCGCCGAGGAUGGGGCAGCAGUGGUUCGCCGCCGGGUCGCCGACCUUGACGUUGACGAGCCCACCGAGGAGAUCGACGCAGGCGCCGAUCUUCAGGGAGUCCACGGGGCAGGAGAGCGGCGCUGCUGGCGGCGGCGGGCAGGGGGCGGUCGGCGGCGUCACCACCGGGGGGGGGAGGACAGGGGGGACGACCACCGGCGGCGGCAGCACCGGGGGGAUGACAACCGGUGGCGGCAGGACGGGGGGAACGAUGAUCGGCGGCAGAAUCGGUGGGGGCUUGGUCGGAGGGCGGACGAUGGGGGUCCUGGGGGUUCUAG